UCUUAUAAACAAUAUGGCGGAGAGCAGUUGAGAUGUGUGUGUUUGACUGAGGAAGCAGGGCUUAUUUUUCUUGGGCUAUUGACUUGUAGCACAAGGAGAUGCGGGAUUUAUCUCUGGAUUUCAUCUUAUAGACGAUCCAGAGACUGUUAUACUUAUAGAAUAGAACUGAGAGGGGGACGGUAUAAAGUUAAAAAUAAAUCUAAGACUGUCUGAAGUCCAGAGUCAGAGACCAUCCACCCGGCGUAGAAAUGGGAGCUGCGAAUUCAACGCGUGAUUCGGCAAGUGAGUCCUCAUCUGCACCCAAGGAGUCGGGGCAAAAUGGACAGAAUUUCCGCUCAGACAAUGAGCGAGUUAUGCAGCUUGCCAGGGCAAUGACGACUGCAAAGAAAAGACGCCAUCAGACUCCUUCAUCAUUAAUGGCUAGUCAGGGAAGUGACUUUGAAACGUAUAAUGAGAGUAUCUUUAUUCUGAAGCAGUUGUUCAAGCGUAUGGAUCCAGCUGUCACCAAAACAUUGGGAGAUGCCAAGGGAGAGGUGAAACUGUCCUUGAAAUAUGAUAAAAGAAGGAGUAUGCUUCUUGUAAAGGUGGUAUCUGCAAGGGAUCUCAGUGCAAAGGAUAUUAGAGGGCGCACAUCCGACCCAUAUGUUCAGAUGGAUCUCAUACCUGACCCCCAUGAUGAAGGGAAGAAGUCAACACAGUAUGUAAAGAAGACACUUAGUCCUACGUAUAAUGAAAUCUUCACCUUUAAGUUGAAUGAAGAGGAAAUAUCAGAGACCCAGUUGAGAGUAAGAGUACUGAGUCAUGAUCCUUUUGGGAAGGCUGACUUCAUGGGUGAGAACAUCAUUCAACUUGGAAGAAUGGAUUUUAGUGAUAUCAUUACCAGCUGGUUUGAGCUGCAACUAGAGACUGAUCUGGAUAUCCAAGGGGAGCUGAAGAUCACAUUGACAUACCAACUACCUGAUACCCUGAAGGUAAGGGUUCACAAUGCAGAGGGAUUGGUCUGCAGGGAUCCUAAGAAGAUGCCAUAUCCCUAUGUCAAGGUACUUAUCCCUGGCAUACACAAAGUUGAAGAGACCAAGGUCCAGAAGAAUACACUGGAUCCAGUGUGGGAUGAGACCUUUGAUUUCUCAUUGGCUCAGGAAGAAUUUGCAAAUAGAUAUUUGGUCUUGCAUGUACUUGAUAAAGCUCUGAUUGGAGACAGUGAGGAUAUGGGACAGGUGUUCAUUGAUCUUGAUAAUCUAGAUAUUAAUCAGGGAUUUUCAGGAAACUUUCCUUUGACAGAUCUGAAAAACUCUGAAAGGACGAGGACAAAGUGGUCACAGACUGCUACUGUGCAAGAGUUCCGAGAAGCUAUGUAUGCUCACUCUGUGUACAGGUACCCAGGUUUAGUCUUUCAGAAACACAGAGGCAACAAGGUGUUGACAGUCCACAGUCGUAAGGCGGGAUCUUCGGCAAAGGUUCGAAUUGUGAAUGGAAUACCCACAUAAAACUUUACAACAGUUCCAGCAUAGUUAAUUCUGAAUCAGUUAAAGGUCCCAUGAAAUACAGCAAAGAUGCUGAUUUAUUCGUUAGCUUAGUGGUUACUAAUUACGAUUCCAUCAAAAUUUUACCUGAAAAACGUCCCACAUCAGGUUCAAAGGCAGUUUUAUAUUGAAAAUUGAGCCAAAUUCGCCCCGCCCACAAAAAUUCAGCCCGAUUUGGGUUUCGUAUAUCACGUGACAAUUAUGACGUCAGGGAAGGAAACUGCUGAGUGUUGUUGACGUUUGGAGCGUGAAGUGCCUAUUGUGGUUGCACGUGUGGAUUCAAAGUAAAUAAAUUGAAUUGCUGGAAUAAUAUUCCGAACCUGAAUCUUCAAAGUCUGAAGAAUCAUACGCAGCUGAUGACGAUGCUGCAGCCAUGAUCAAAACCUCAUAAAAAUCUGUUGAGGAUGAGCUCGGUCGAAACAGCAACUACACGAGGAACGUGUACAAUAACUAGGGGUCCAUCUACACUGCUGGGAAAACCUGCCUUCGAUGACGUCACAAUGAUUGACAGGUCGAUCGGUCGACUCUUUCGAAAAUUUUAGUAGGUGUUCCCGUUGAAGUUCAUUUCCAUGUAAUAACUCAACACCGGUUCGUCAUACACAUGAACCGAUGGCAAAUUCAUUUUUUUGAAGUAAAACUACCUAAUAAUAGAUAUGUAUCUAGAAUAAGAUGGAAUUGGUGUCAUAGGACCUUUAUAGGUUGUCAUACAAGGAUAGGAGCAACUUCAUAACAUCUAUGGGUCAUAAUAUUUUAUUCUACUCUGGGUGAUUGAGAAUAUUUUUUUUGGUUGGUAAAGAAUCUAUACGAAUGUCAGAUAUUCCCCUUUAAUAACGGGCAUUUAAAAAUCAAGAAUAUUUGGGCUUAUCAUCUUUUCUCAUGUAGUCUUAUGCUAUAUUGAAAAUAUUUAUUGUAUCCUCCGAACCCUGUUCGGGGGAUACUAUGGAUUUGGCCUCGUCCGCCGCCGCAGAGAUUUCCUUGUGAGCGCUUUAUCAGCUGCAUUUCUUCUCCGAUCAUCUUCAAAUUUGGCAUGAAGGUCGAGUAUGGUAUAGCGAAGCCACCUAUUGAUUUUGGUGUAGGCGAAGACAUCGUUGCCAUGGUAAAAAAAGUUUUUUGUGGAAAUAGCAGAGAUGUCCUUGAGCGCUCUACCAGCUUCAUUUCUUCUCCGAUCAUCUUCGAAUGUGGCAUGAAGGCCCAUUAUGGUAAAGCAAAGCUGCCUAAUAAUUUUGUAGUGGGUGGAGACAUGGUUUUUGUGGAAAAUUUGGUAUAACCUGUAACUUCUGCUUUUUUUCCAGUUUGUCAUAACAGUUGGCACACAGAAGAGUUAGGUUUACAAAAUAUAUCCAGAUUACUCUAUAAUUGUAUUCCCCAACAGGUGAUACUGGACAAUGAUUUAGGUUCUGCAGUCAUGCUGCUGCAUCAUAUUACUGUCAUCAAAUAUGGUACCCACAGGCAAAAUGUGGGCAGGGUCAUUGUCGCCAUGAUAAUUGGAUUUAUUUGUCAAAUUCUGUGUGAGCUCUAUAUCGCAAUGACGCGCUGGGUUUGGGGGAUACAUGUGCUUGGCUGCGUGACCCACCGAGCAUCUCUAGUUAAUAUUUCUAUUUAUUGUUGUACUAUACAGGGGUGUAAAGAGUUCGAUUUGUUUUAUAGCCGAUUUCAGCUAUUUUUGCUUAUGAUUUUCAGCUUAAUGUCAUUGUAUUUUAGCUUUCUUCUGUACAAAAGUAUUUGAGCUCUUUCAAUCUCAGCUUUUUUUUCAACACUGCAUGUGUUCUCAGCUCUUUUUGUUUGUGACACACCCCUGAAUGUAGCUCUAGCUGUGUGUAUGAUAAACAGAUAUAGCAUGCCUUAAAACAUUUGUACUACAAACUGCCACAUGCUGUUCACUUUAUAUCUGUAGUCCUCACAGUAAGAAACCUUUGAAAAUGGGAUUGGUCAGUUGUGUUCACUUAGGGUGUGUAUGAAUUACCAAACAGAACAUGUAUGUCCUGGACCCUGUAACAAGAAAAAUGCAAUCAAUCAACUUAUUUAAUACAAGUCUUUAGCAAACCAUUGAUGGUCUACUGAAUUAGUAUUCUCUACAAAUUUUGAAUAUUUUCUUUCAUAUUACAAUGCCAUGAUAUGUUUGAUAUAAGAUGCUUUUUAUCCUUUCAUCCAUAAAUUCAUUUCACCUUUUGAUGAUAUUUAUCAAGCCCCUCGAAGGUGGAGGGAGACUUGGAGAUCAUUAGUGUUCAUCCGUCCUUUUGUUAUGCUCACAAGCAUUGUAAAUAACACUGUGCUAAAUUUGUACGAAAAAUUGAUCCGACAGACCUUUAAAUUCAGAAAUAUAUGAAGGUCACCAGCUGAGGCCAACAAACUUUUUAUCUAAUGUUUGUGAAUACAAAACGUAAUUUGGGAAACUAUAAAGCAGGAUAGGCAAUAAUUGUGAAAAUUUCACCUUGAGAUUUCUAUUGAAAUAUAGUGUA